AUGGGGCAUGGUGUGGGAGUUGUGUUGAUGAAUCCCAAUGGUGGGUAUACUCCUUUCACGGCAAGAUUGUGUUUUGAAUAUACCAACAACAUUGCAGAGUAUGAAGCAUGUACCUUGGGUAUUGAAGCUGCAAUUGAAACCCGAAUCAAGAUCCUUGAAGUGUAUGGAGACUCAUCCUUGGUGAUCUACCAAGUCAAAGGUGAAUGGGAAACCUGUGACGAGAAGUUAAUCCCAUAUUGUGCCCAUAUUGUGGAAUUGAUAAAGUACUUUGAUGAAAUCACCUUCCAUCAUGUUCCGAGAGCAGAAAAUCAGAGAGCAAAUGCUUUUGAUAUGUUAGCCUCUAUGUUCCAAGUCAUAUUUAUCAAUGAGCCACCACUCAUCACAAUUGAGCGAAAAACUGUGUCAUCCUAUUGUCUAUUGGUUGAAGAAGAAACUGACGAGAAACCGUGGUUCUAUGAUAUCAAGAGCUACUUGCAAAAUCAAGAAAACCCAGUGAAUGCAACAUACCUAGAUAAGAACACUAUGGGGAGGUUGGUAUCCAAAUUCUUCCAUAGCAACAAGGUGCUAUAUAAAAGAAACUAUGACGUGGUUCUACUCAGAUGCAUGGACAGACACGAAACAUACCUGUUGAUCAAAGAGAUUCACGAAGGAUGGUUUGGAAUUCACGCCAAUGGACAUGCCAAGUCUAGGAAGAUCUUGAGAGUUGGUUAUUAUUGGUUGACCAUGGAGUCUAAUUGUUUCAACUAUGCCAGAAAAUGUCACAAAUGUCAAAUCUAUGUUGACAAGGUGCACGUGCCUCUGACACUGUUGAAUGUUUUAUCAUCCCCUUGGCCUUUCUCAACAUGGGCCAUUGACAUGAUUGGGGAAAUUAAGCCCAAAGCUUCGAAUGGUCACUGUUUUAUCUUGGUUGCAAUUGACUACUUCACCAAAUGGGUAAAAGCUGCUUCCUACGCCAACGUGACAAAACAAGUGGUUGCCCACUUCAUCAAGAACCAUAUUAUCUGUCGAUAUGGAGUUCCAAGCAGAAUCAUCACAGAUAAUGGGACAAAUCUGAAAAAUAAAACAAUGAAAAGAGUUGUGUGA